GAAAGGCAACCUACUUUACAACGUCGUACAGUCUUCCUCUUCCUGGUUUUAAACACAUGAAACCCCUGCUAGGUGGCAUUUCACAACGUGUGAAUCGAAAUAGCAGCCAACGAUAUCACCUUCCAUGACAGAUGUUCGUGUCAACACAAGCCGAUACCACCGUAAAGGUUGUGCAUCCAGUGGAAACCCGAUCAUAUUAUGGAGACUAUUUAUAGUCGACUAUCAGAUGUCAGAUGUUGCUUGUCGUGCCAUCGAUACGCUACGAUUGAUUCAUAACGCGAUAACUGUGGGUAUUUUUGGUCACUUUUCUUAAAUCUUUACAGAAACAAACAAAAAAUGAGAUUUCGACUCUUGAAGAAAAACGUAUUUGUCUUUGUGGUAGUUAAGUUAAUUGUGUUAAUAUUUUUAUAUACCAAACUUGGAGUUUCAAAUGAAAACAAUGCUGCUGAGAGUGGUUCACACGAGAGUACACAAGCUUUGGUUAUUAAUAAGUUUCAGUAUGGUACCAUCUUCAACAUGAAGGCGUCGGUGUACGACAGCAACUACAGGCAAUUCAUUCAGAAUGCUGACAAGUUUCCGGGAGAGCCACAACUGGUGAUUGUUGUGCAAGUUCACAACCGACCAGCUUACCUCAAAAUGUUGGUACAGUCUUUGGAAAAAGCAGUCAAUGUCAACCAUUUCCUUGUGAUUUUCAGUCACGAUUAUUUCUCGGAGGAAAUUGCAGAUAUAGUGAAGGGCAUAACAUUCUGCAAAGUGCUACAGAUUUACUUCCCUUACAGUACACAGCUGUAUCCCAAUGAAUUCCCAGGGCAGGACCCAAAAGACUGUCCCAGAGACAUAUCCAAGGACAAUGCUUUAAAAACGGGAUGCCUCAAUGCAGAACAUCCAGAUUCUUAUGGCCAUUACAGGGAAGCAUCCAUAACACAAACCAAACAUCACUGGUGGUGGAAACUUCAUUUCGUCUUUGAACGAGUGCGGGCACUUCAGGGAUACAGUGGAUUUGCUAUUUUUAUGGAGGAGGACAAUUACGUUCUUCCAGAUUUAUAUCGCUUUUUCAAGGCCAUGUCUGAGCUCAAGAGAACUGCAUGUGAGGAUUGUGACAUCCUGGCCAUAGGCAACCAUGACGGUGUUUCUCGCUUCUCAGAACUGACAGACAAGACGGAGACAGGGGGUUGGAUGUCAACCAAACACAAUUUGGGAAUGGGCAUCACAAGGGAGGUCUACUAUAAGUUAAUGGGUUGCAACAAUGAGUUUUGCACCUAUGAUGACUACAACUGGGACUGGACCCUCCAAAACCUAUCUGGUACAUGUAUCUCAAAACCUCUGAAGGUUCUAGCAGCUAAAGGAACCAGGAUUCUUCACACAGGUGACUGCGGCCUGCACCAGAAAGAUGCCUGUCGGCCAGAAAUGGCCCAACAGAAAGUUGAGGAGGCACUUAAGCAGGUUCAAUCCUCCCUUUUUCCUCAAGCCCUUUCUGUAACUACCCAGAGACCAGUGGAACACAAACCUCACAUGAAGAAUGGAGGGUGGGGAGAUGUCCGCGAUCAUGUCUUGUGCAAGAACUAUGCCAAACGACUCUGAGCCAAAAGCUUUGUAUUAGUCUUGAGGUUUUUGUUUUGUUUUGUUUUGUUAAAUUUCUUCAAAUGUAAGUGCCAUUGCAGGGUGACAGGUUGCUAGUUUAAGCCAUUUGUAAAUCUUUUAAGUAUCCCAAAGGUGUGAAAAUUAGUUUAGAAGCCAUAAAUGGUGUUAAAACAGUCAGGAAAAACUGGACCAUAAAACUGGUGGAUUUGUAUGCAUUUAAAGUUGCUUUAUUACAAUGUGCGGUAUGAAAGGAGCAAACUAUUUUCUUACUUCUUUUUAUAACUUCAUUUAUAACCAGAUGUGCCUUCAGCAAGACAGAAAAAUUGUUGUUGUCUCUAAAAACCCUUUUUUAAAAGUUGUUGUUCAGAUUUAUUUUAAAGUACUUUGACACCACGUCUCACUUAUACCUGUGAGCAUUGGGACCAAAUGCCAAGCAUGACUAGCUUCUUGAUUUUCAUGGCACUAUAUUUGAUUGGAUCUGCCUUCAGGAUAUGUGCAAUAUUAUCAUCGAUAUAUCAGAAGUAAUAUAAACGUUUCUCAAAACAUUCCAUAAAUGCAACAUUCCUAUGUUGGAAUUAAAAGAGAAGGUGUCAUGACCCAACAAAGGAAGGGAACUGGAAUUUUUUUCUUUAUGUUGUUUAAGGGAAUUAUGACUACACAAAGAAAAUGUUUAAC